AUGCCGUCUGCUUUCCAGUUUCAGUGCCACUUCGUCCUCAUCUUCCUGGCAGCCUCCAGGGGGGAAACCAGAUACCUAGAGGUGAAGGAUGCCGGUGAAGAUGAGCCUUUUUUACUCCUCAGUGGAGAUUUGAAGCGAGAGCUGUCUGCAGGGCAGAUCUACCGACGGUCACUCCGCUGCAUCGACAUGCUGAGUACAGAGGGGCAGUUCACCUUCACUGCAGACCAACCGCAGCUGCACUGUGCCACUUUCUUCAUUGGGGAGCCCGAGGAGCUCAUCACGAUAGACUACGACUUUGUAAACAUCGACUGCCAAGGGGGCGAUUUCCUGAAGGUGUUUGAUGGCUGGAUACUCAAAGGAGAAAAAUUUCCCAGUUCCUUAGACCAUCCCCUUCCCACUUCCCAAAGAUAUGUGGACUUCUGUGAAAGCAGCAAUAUCCAGAGGAGCGUCAGGUCAUCGCAGAAUGUGGCAAUGAUCUUCUUCAGGAUUCACCAUCCAGGCAAUGGAUUUACUGUCACAGUCAAGAAAAACACCAACCUCUUCCCUUGCAAUGUCAUCUCUCAGACUUCUUCAGGAAGGUUCACCAUGGUCAUUCCUCAUCAGCACAGAAACUGCAGCUUCUCCAUAAUCUACCCAGUGGUGAUAAAAAUAUCUGAUCUUAUCCUGGGACAUUUAAAUGGCCUCUUUUUAAAGAAACCAUCAGUUGGCUGUGCAGGAGUCGGAGACUUUGUAGAGCUGCUAGGAGGAACUGGCUUGGACCCAUCCAAGAUGUUUCCACUAGCUGAUCUCUGUCACUCCUUUCACGGGUCUGCCCAGAUGAAGAUUGGCUGUGACAAUACCGUGCUGCGAAUGGUUUCCAGCGGCAAGCACGUCAACCGCGUCACAUUUGAGUAUCAUCAACUCAAUCCACAAGAAACAGAAGACAGAAAGGAGAACAGUAUUGAGGAAUUCUGCUUUCCAAGUAUCUGAGAAACCAGGACACAGUUCCACACAGCUAAUGAAAACAAUGUUCUGGUGCAUUAAGAGAAGUUUCUAUUUUCCUUUAACACGCUGAUAUUAUCAAGCCUUUCUAGGGUACAAGCAUAUUUCUUUUUUUUCAUAUUAAUCAGUCAUUCCCAUGAGCAAGCAAGCAAAAAAAAAAAUCAAUAUAUUAAUCUUUAUCAUUAUCAUUAUAUUUUUUUCUGCAGUAUUUAAGCUCAUUUAUCACAUCCAAAAUCAAUAGCAAGAAGAGAAGAUUGUAUUCCCCAUACAAAUAUUGUUAGAAAACCAGACAUACACACUCUCUGUCCAUGGAGUCUGAGGACAUAUGACAUCUAAAAGAAGUAUAAACUCCAUGCAGCUUUACCCUUUUAUAUCUAGUAUGAAAGAAAAAAAAAAAGGAAAGAAGGAAAGGAAGGAAAAAGGAAAGGAAGAAAGGAAGAAAGGAAGAAAGGAAGAAAGGAAGAAAGGAAGAAAGGAAGAAGGAAGAUGGUGGAAUACACUCUCAGCUUGCAAGAGGAAACCCAGCAUUAGUGUGUGUAAAAACUACUGGUUUAUUUAUGACUAUAAAUGUACUAUUUAUUUCUAAUGACAUGUUUUUAAUAAAAAUUUAUAGCAUGGAAAACUUCCCUACACAAAUCCAAACAUAAAUAAAUGCAUUCAAAGAGUUGGCAAAAA